AUGACUCAACAUGCCAAUCCUAUAAGUACACAACUAACUCCUCAUCUUGGAUUCAUAUCAAGUAGUAUCAAAUACCAACCUAUCAUAAUAGACCAAACAAGUCUUUAAGCAUGGGAAAACACUCUGCAUUCUCUGUUUUCUUAUUUUCCAUCCUUGUAGCUCAUUCACAUGUCUCUGCAUCUUCACAGACUUGUGAUUUUCCAGCAAUCUUCAACUUCGGUGAUGCAAACUCCGACACGGGUGCAUUCGCUGCUUGGUUUUUCGGCAAUCCACCUUUCUUUGGUCAGUCCUACUUCAAUGGAUCAGCAGGAAGAGUCUCCGAUGGACGCCUAUUGAUCGAUUUCAUGGCAACUGACUUGGGCUUGCCAUUCCUGCAUCCAUACAUGGAUUCCUUGGGUGCCAACUUCUCUCAUGGUGCAAACUUUGCAAACAUUUUAUCCACCAUUGCAUUACCUACAUCAAACAUCAUUCCGGGGGUCAGACCACCCCGCGGACUCAAUCCUGUCAAUCUUGACAUUCAGGUGGCUCAAUUUGCACAAUUCGUAAACAGAUCACAAACACAAGGCGAAGCUUUCGCAAAUUUCAUGCCAAAACAGGAAUACUUUUCGCAAGCUUUAUAUACUCUUGAUAUAGGACAAAUCGAUAUCACCCAAGAGUUCUUAACAAAUAAGACUGACGAUGAAAUUAAAGCCGUUGUACCAGGCCUGAUCAGUAGCUUAUCCUCAAAUAUACAGAUUUUGUAUAGCCUGGGAGGUAGAUCAUUCUGGAUCCAUAACCUCGGACCUAAUGGCUGUCUUCCAAUUCUUUUGACACUGGCUCCAGUCCCAGACGAUCAGCUUGAUAGUGCUGGUUGUGCAAAACGCUACAAUGAUUUAACUCAAUACUUCAAUUCGGAACUAAAGAAGGGCGUUGAUCAGCUUCGAGCCGACCUCCCCUCGGCAGCUUUCACCUAUGUUGAUGUGUAUACUGCUAAGUAUUCCCUUUAUCAGGAACCAGCAAAAUACGGAUUCACACAUCCACUAGAAACAUGUUGUGGAUUUGGAGGAAGAUAUAAUUAUGGAGAAUUCAGCUUGUGCGGGUCAACAAUAACGGUCAACGGGACUCAAAGAACAGUCGGACCCUGCCCAAAUCCUGCAGAGUACAUAAACUACGAAGGCCAGACCUACACUCAGGCAGCUGAUCAAAUUACUUUUAACAAGAUUUCUACGGGAGAAUUGUCCGAUCCACCUAAUUCACUCAAAACGGCUUGUCCCAAAUUGUCAUUACCUCGUGUCAGUGACAUAUGAGCUUCUCCUGGGGAUUUUCUUUCAUCUUGAACUAUUUUAUGUUAUGGUCGGUAUUUUUUUGAGCUACUAUGUUAUUUAUUUAUAAUAUGUAAGGAUGUUUCCGGUUUCCUGUAUCUCUUGUUGUAAGAGGAUAUUACAAAUAAACGGAAUAACAUGAUUUCACUGUAUC